UCACGUAUAAAAAUGAAGAUGUAGUAGUUUAGUGCAUUGAUACAUACGUACAAGAAUCAGUAUUACGACAUUCUGCAUAAAACAGUUGUCAAUGUCAAGGAUAGCAAUAUCCAUCAAAGAUUUCACCAGAUUUUUAAGAGUACGACACUGUAGCCACCUUUUAAGCGGAAAUAACGCACGAAUAAACUUACGCAAUUGCCAAUGGUGGUCUUUGACCCUGAAUCUAACCUGUGCACGUGUUGCGUCGUGCGAUAAAAACACGAUUUUGGCAUGAAACUAUCUUCCUUCCUUGAUUGCCAAGAACUGGAUUGUGACACCGUCAAAGAUUUGUUGGUAAAAAUCAAAAAUAAUUCUAACGACGAAUAUCCAAAUAUAUUAAUGAUAUAACAAUAAAGUUAUUAAAAUGACAAAUAUGGAGAAUAAUGAGGAUAAGAUAUUAGAUGAGGAACAAUGGAAACUGGAAGCACAAUCUGUGAUCAACGAUAUCAAGAAUCACGUGAACGACGUAAAAUUAUCCGACAGAUUGUGUAGUACGAAUCAAGUUAUCUAUUUCAAUUUGACAACAUUGGAAAACUUAAAAUAUUGUAUUGAAUUAUCCAGUGCAGGUUUUACAAUCGUUGGAAAUAAACACGACGACGCUUCGAACAAGGGAAACCAAUAUUUCGAAACGCCAUACAGUUUGUUGAAUUCCACAAGUCCACAAUAUAGAGAUUCGUUCGGCAAUUUAUUGUUAGAAAAAUUGAAAGAAUUGAGUCAAGAAUAAAAUGAACGAUAUUUUUGAAAAACAUAUUUAUCUCUAUUAUGUAAUUCUAUUUGUUUUUAUAUUCUAAUAAUCUGUUUUUUUUUUUUUCCAGUAAAAUAAGAAAAUUAUAUAUGAAAAUAAUAUGUUACGUGACAUAACGAGAGAAACGGUACUUCUAGAAAAAGAAUAUGCAGAAUAUAAAAAAACAAAAUGGCGUUUGUCCUCGAAAAUCGACAAAGUUCGUGCAAUGUACAAGGACAGUGCCGUAAUUAUUACGUUAAUUAUACGAUACGGUUUCCAUUGAAAUGAUAUAUCUUGGAAAACUUGCCAUUUCUAUCAGUUGUAUGCUAUAAAAGAUAAUAUUACAUAAAUUCUAACGAAUAUGUAAAUAA